AUGACUCCAGCCCCACCAUCAUCAUCCUUCAGCAACCCGCACACGCGCUGGCGCGCCCUCACCGCCCGCGACCCGGCCGCGCACGCCUCGUUCGUCUACGCCGUGCUCAGCACGCGCAUCUACUGCCGCCCCACCUGCCCCGCGCGCCUCGCCCGCCGCGCCAACAUCGUCUUCUACGACGCCGCCGCCCAGGCCGCCGCCGCCGGCUUCCGCGCCUGCAAGCGCUGCAGGCCCGAUGUCGUCGUCAUCGCGCAUGCUGGCUCCAAUCCUAUUGGUGGAGCUGCUGCUGCGUCCAACAGCGGGAAUAAUGGGGUUGAUGCAUCUGCGGCGGCGGUGGUAGCCGGUGGUGGUGGUGAGGCUGCUGUAGCGGAGCAGGAGUAUGGUGAGGAUACAGGCGGUCGGCGGGCGGCGGAGAAGGCGCGGAAGGUGCUGGAGAGGGAGGGCGGCGAGGUUGUGUGGAGGGACGUAGCGAAGGAGGUGGAGCGCGCGCCGAGAUAUUUGCAUGGCGUGUUUAGAGCGGCGUUUGGGGUGACGCCGGGGGUGUAUGCGGCGGGGGUGAAGAAAAGGAAAAGAGAGGCGGAGAGCGUGGCGCAGAGUGUUUUGGUGGGCCAAGAGCAGGUGGUGCCGGACUUGAUGGUGGAUGAAGGGAGUUCGUCGGGUGGAACGUCUGGGAGUGAGGUAUUGCUGGAUGAUUUGGGGGAUCUUGAUGGGUUGUUGGCCAAUAUUCCGGGACUGGGUGAGGGUGGUGCCGUGGAAUGGAAUGAAGCUUGUAUGAUUGAGUGGAUGGAACCCGACUUGGAGCCCUGGGAGAACCUCGUGCAGUGGGAUGCAUUCCCAGCACAUGUUACACAAGGGACAGGUCAAGAGCAAGUGGUAUGA